AUGAAUCAUCAAUUUCAUGGAGGAAGUUUCUGCGAAUUCCUCUUUCCAUUACCAGGCUAUUACAGCUGGGUGAACGCGCAAAAUCCAGUAUGAUACUUAUCAAAUUCCACCCAAACAGAUUUCUGACCUCAAAACUAGGGGAGGAGGAAGACAGAAGAGCCGAAAAGGAUGCAGGAGAAUCUCUUCUAAAAAAUCAUCACCUCCCUCGCUGAAACGUUUUUUUUUUUUUUUUUUGGUGGUCGAAACCUCGAAUUUCAGCUUCUCAGAUGGAUAAUUUCCCACAGAAGUCCAAAUUUUUUCUUCUUCUUCUCCUUUCCUUUCUUCAGUUAUCAUUCUUCUCGUUUCUUUCUUCCGCUUUCUCUCCGGUAGACAAUUAUCUCAUCGACUGCGGAUCCAUCGCAGAUGCCACCGUCAACGUUGAUAAUCGGAAGUUUCUUGGCGACUCCUCCAAGCUCGGAUCGGGUUUCUUGCUUGCUAUGCGAAGCAUUUCCCUCGAAGAUCAAAGCCCUUCUCUGGGUGCUUCCCCUCUUUACCACACGGCUAGGGUUUUCACCAAACCCGCUAAUUACGAGUUCGAGAUCAAGCAGAAGGGCACUCAUUUGGUACGUCUCCAUUUCCGUCCUUUGUCUUCAUCAAGCUUCAAUCUCUCCGAUGCUCGCUUCCAUGUCUCCGCCAAUCAAAUCUUGCUUUUGAGCGACUUUACUGGUCAGAUUGCGGCUGGAAAUCCUGUUUUGAAGGAAUAUCUCAUCUGGGUAGAUGGUAAUAAACUUGUGAUUUCCUUCAUUCCUUCCACCGAAUCUUCUCUUGCCUUUGUCAGUGCCAUCGAAGUUAUCUCUGCCCCCGGGGAUCUCAUCGCCGACACUGCUCGGUUGAUAAAACCUCAGGGGAUUGACGAUUACGCGGGCCUGACAAAGCAGGCGCUGGAGACUGUUUACAGGAUCAAUGUUGGAGGUCCCAAGGUGACCCCUUUUAAUGAUUCCUUGUGGAGAACUUGGAUUCCUGAUGAUGGCUUCUUGCAUUUGAAUGCCGCUUCUAAGGCUGUUUACACCAGCGGCCGGAUCAAGUACCUCCCAGGAGGGGCAAGUCGUGAGGUUGCUCCUGACAGCGUUUACAACACCGCGCGAGUUAUGAAUAAUCCUGGUGUUUCCAUGCCUGACUUUAACAUUACCUGGAUCUUCCCUGUGACCUCUGGCUAUCGCUACCUUGUUCGGAUGCAUUUCUGUGAUAUUGCCAGUAUGUCCCUUAAUCUGCUUUAUUUUGAUGUCUACAUCAAUGGGUAUUUGGCGUUCAAGGAUUUGGACCUCUCAGAGCUUACAGGCCAAAUUCUCGCCGCUCCUUACUACAUGGAUUUCAUGGUUGACAUAGCUAAUUCAGAGGCUUUAAGCAUAAGCAUAGGACCUUCGAGUUUGAGCAACCCGUCUAGAGUCGAUGCAAUUCUGAAUGGGGUGGAGAUCAUGAAGUUGAACAAUUCUAUGGGUAGUCUGGAUGGAGAGGUCUCUUUGGGUCCUAUUUUACGGAGUUCACCCAGAGGAAACACCAGUGGUUUUAUGCCUUCGGUCGUUGGGAUAAGCUUGAUGAUUGCUAUUGCUGGUGUUGUGUACAGGAGGAAGACUGAGGUCAGAGACUAUUUGGCAUGGACACCUUUGCCUGUGGAUGCUUCAGAAAGCAAUUCAAAUUCAAUGUAUAGAAGCUAACCAUUUCCAAGUGAUUUUUAGACCCUUCUAAACAAUCUUGGUAUGUAACUAUGUAUCUUACUUGUGGCAUUUGUAGCAAUGAUACUAUAGUUUCUCCAUGACUUGGUUUGUUACAUUUGUCCAGAUUUGUAUUUCAAGCCUAAAGGAGUUGCAAGUGCAUGUAGAGUAUCUUUUGUUAAUAGAGUUCAAUCUACAAAUUCUGUUUGGAUUUUGGUUUGAUGUGGUUUGUAUUACUUGAGUGGUCUUGUUUGAACGUGUAAUGCUGCAUGUUAAAGUCAGAUUUUAGUACAUCUGAAAUUAAUAAUGACUUUUGCUUAUUUUUUUUUUCAGUUCUGAAUAAAUCAGUAUUUGUUAA